GCGUACGCUCGCACAAAAGGCAAAGAUCGGUUCCAGCGCCAUCAUAUUGCAACUCGCCUCGUCCUCCGCAGCACCAUGAGCCCCAAGCAGAACAUCGCGCGCGGUAUUGGCCGCCUCUCCAACAUGGUCCUCUCCAAGGGCAAGGGCUCGUUCGUCUGGAACACCGAGGGCCAGAAGCUGCUCGACUUUACCUGCGGCAUUGGUGUCACCAACUUGGGCCACUGCCACCCCAAGGUCACGCACGCCGUGCAGCAGCAGGCCGCCACGCUUGUCCACGGCCAAGUCGGCGUCGCAUACCACGAGCCGAUGCUCAAGUACGUCUCGUCGCUGCUGCCCGUGCUGCCCAAGACGCUCGACUCGCUUUUCUUUGCGUCCACUGGCGCCGAGGCGGUCGAGAACGCGGUCAAGCUCGCGCGCCAGGCCACGGGCAAGUCGAACGUGAUCGUCUUCCAGGGCGGCUACCACGGCCGGUCGUUUGGCACAAUGUCGCUCACGACGAGCAAGACGAUCUACAGCGCCGGCUUUGGCCCGCUCUUGAGCAACAUCACGACCGUGCCCUUCCCGUAUGCGCUCCAUAGCCCCGCCACCGACGAAGAAAGCUGCGUCAACUACUGCAUCGCCGAGCUCGAGCUUGCGUUCAAGCAGCGCUGCGCGCCCAAGGACACGGCGGCGAUCCUGAUUGAGCCCGUCAUGGGCGAGGGCGGCUACGUGCCGGUGCCCAAGGCCUUCAUGCACGCGCUUCGCCGCCUCUGCGACGAGCACAACAUCCUCCUCAUCGCCGACGAGGUGCAAUGUGGCUUUGGUCGCACGGGCUCGAUGUUUGCGAUCGACGGCCUCUACAACGUGACGCCCGACAUCCUCGUCAUGGCCAAGGGCAUCGCCAACGGGUACCCGCUCAGCGCGAUUGCGAGCCGCCGUGAGCUCACGGACCUCCAGCCGCCGGGCUCGAUGGGUGGCACCUACGCCGGCAACGCUGUCGCGAUCGCCGCUGCCUCGGCGACCCUCGAGGUGUUCGAGGAGGAGCGCAUCUUGGAGAACACGCGCGUGCGUAGCGAGCAGCUCAUGCACGGCCUCGAGCGCCUCAAGGCCAAGUACCCCGUCCUGGACGUGCGCGGCGCGGGUCUCAUGCUCGCGAUGGAAUUUGACGAGACGGCGGCGCCUGGCACGGCGGCGCGCGUGUGCCAGAGCUGCGUCGACAAGGGCAUGCUCCUCCUCUCGACGAGCGUGUACGAGACGCUGCGCUUCAUCCCGCCGCUCAACAUCUCGGCCGACGAAGUCGCUUUGGGCCUCGACAUCCUCGACGCCGCGUUGGCCGACGUCUUUGGCGAACAGCCCAUCUCCCGCGUCGCGUAGAGCCACAUAGAACUUAGAUAUCGUUGUCGUUUGCAUUUGCAUACCCUCUAAAGACUACUCCAUGGAUACCAGUCUUCUUGCACCUCCA